AUGCAAACAUUCCUUUCCACUCCAAAAUUUGAUAAACAAUAUAUAUAUAAAGAUCCUCAAAACACUUUUCAUAAAUUUACUAACGCAUUCACUUAUUAUAAGAUGGCUUUAUUAGGUUCUCCGUCUCUUGAUAAAAAAGUUAUAUGUGAAGAAUGCAAUAAUGA